AUGUCAACCAACCCUGAGACAACAGUGGUUACUGAGGCUGCACCACAAGAUCAGUCAUACCAAACACGUGUUCAAGAUCAUCUAAAUAACGCCAUCCGGUCCAUAAACAAUGUAGUAUCUCUCCUGAGUCAACCUACGCCCACCCCGACCAGUAAACCUGGUGCUCCAAUGAGAGAUCAUUAUCCUCCGUCGGAUCUAAAAGAGGCCUCCGAAUUAAGCGCCAAAUGGCAUAGCGAAAUUGCAACGCAAUAUCAAAAGACGAUAAGUGAACACGCGACAACAAAAAAGAAAUUAGAAGACACCGAGAAGCUGCUUUCUGCCGAAGCUCUCGACCUUGAUCACGCACGGAAAGCAGUCGACGCGGCAAACGAAGUGGUGGUCACUUGUGAGACUCAGUUGAACACCGAUAAGCAAAAGCACGAUCAGGCAAAGACGGCAUACGACCAACUGGAAGAGAAGCUUAAAAACCCACCAUUACUGGACAUGAUUAUUGAUGGUAUGAAUGCGGUCGAAUCCGGAGGAAUGUCCUCCACGCUUGAUCUAAUACGGAGAUCCAACGAGAUCUUGGAGCUUAAGACCAAAGUCGAAGCGGCGCAAACAAUCUACGACAAGAGCAAGAAAAAGCAAGAAGAGGAAAAAAAGAAACUCGAGGAGAAACAAUCCGACGUGACAGGACAUGAAGAGCACAUUCUUGGAUUAAAGAAGCAUAAAGAUCGUCUUGAAUCUGAGCUUGAAACGCUCAAAAGCCACAAGCAGUCACUCGCAGAGCUAAAUAGCGAGUCUCGCAAACUUGAAGGAUCGACAGGUGUAUUGUUUGCAGGAGCAGGCAAUAUCGAUAGUUUUCUGUCAAUGAGAACCGUCAUUCAAUCAAUCGAUAACUUCACCAAGUUAAUCAAUUCAAAAGGAGGAAUCAAUACACAUCUAGUAGAAAUGGAUUCUUCUGCAGCCGAGAGUUUUGUUGCCGGAAUACGUAAAAUCGUCGAUCUCAGUGGUGACACAGCGGCCACCCAUAGCUAA